AUGGGUAGCCUGGCUGUCAGCUCCUGCUCCCCAGCUCACAGGUCUGCCAUGACUGCAAGGGGAGGCCACCUCUCGGGCCUACCACCUCCAGGACCUGCUGCCUCCCCGGCCUGCUGUCUCCACUGGCCAGAGUGUCACAAUCUUUACUGCCAGCUGAAUUGCAAUGAAUUCAAGAGAGACAGGAAGGAUGGGGAUUUCGUCUGCACCGAUGCUGCUGCUGCUGUCUGUGGCACGGACGGGAAGACAUACCGCAGCCGCUGCGAGCUCUGCGCAGAGAAUGCAAAAUCCGGGUCCCAAGUUGACAUAAAACAUGAAGGCGACUGUGAGAAAAGUGGCCCAGAGCAGGAUGUGUGUAGUGCCUUUCGAGCCUACGUGAAGGAUGGAAGGCUUGGCUGCACAAGAGAAAAUGAUCCAAUUCUUGGUCCUGAUGGGAGAACUCAUGGCAAUAAGUGUGCAAUGUGUGCUGAGCUCUUCAUAAAAGAAGCUGAAGAAAUUGCCAAACAAGAAGGUGGAAACAGAAUUAGACGAGAUGCUGAAAGGGAACUUUGCAAGGAAUUUGAAGGACAAGUGAGGAGUGGAAAACUCUUUUGUACCCGGGAGAGUGACCCAGUCCGUGGCCCUGAUGGCAGAAUGCAUGACAACAAGUGUGCCCUGUGUGCUGAGAUAUUCAUGCGCCAGUUUUCAGAGGAAAAAAAUCAAGCAGAUCAAAACGUGACAAAGGAUGAAGAAAAAAUGAAAGUUAGAAGAGAAACUGAGAAGCUCUGCAGUGAAUUCCAAGAUCGUGCAAAGAACGGAAUUCUUUUCUGCACCAGAGAAAAUGACCCUGUUCUUGGACCUGAUGGCAAAAUGCAUGGCAACACGUGCUCUAUGUGUCAAGCCUUCUUCAUAGCAGAAGCUGAAGAAAAGAAAAAGAUGGAAGCCCAAGCAAGAAACAAAAGAGGAUCUGGGAAAACGCCUUCAUAUGCAGAGCUUUGCCAUGAAUACCGCCGGAUAGUGAGGAACGGAAAACUUCCUUGCACCAGAGAGAACGACCCUAUCCUGGGCCCAGAUGGGAAGAUGCAUGGCAACACCUGCUCCAUGUGUGAGGCCUUCUUUCAAGUGGAAGAAGAAGCAAAGAAAAAGAAAGAAAGUGAAUCAAGAAAUAAAAGACAGUCUAAAAGUACAACUUCCUUUGAGGAACUCUGUAGUGGGUACCGCAAUUCAAGAAGGAAUGGACAACUGGUUUGCACCAGAGAAAAUGACCCCGUCCAGGGCCCAGAUGGGAAGAUGCAUGGGAACACCUGCUCCAUGUGUGAUGCCUUCUUUAAGCAAGAAGAAAGAGCAAAAGCAAAAGCUAAGAGAGAAACUGCAAAGGAAACCUGCAGUGAAUUCCGGGACCAAGUCAGGGAAGGAAGGUUCAUAUGCACCAGGGAGAAUGAUCCUGUUCCUGGUCCCGAUGGGAAAAUGCACGUGAACAAGUGUGCCAUGUGUGAGAGCCUGUUCCAACUGGAGGAAGAAGAGAAGAAAACUAAUGAGAAAGAAGAAAAGGAGAAAGCUGAGACUGAAAAGGUUAAGAGAGAAGCAGUCCAGGAGUUGUGCAGUGAGUACCGUCGCCAUGUGAGGAAUGGACGGCUCCCUUGUACCAGAGAGAAUGACCCUAUUGAAGGUCUGGAUGGGAAGAUCCACGGUAACACCUGUUCCAUGUGUGAAGCAUUCUUCUUGCAGGAAGCCAAAGAAAAAGCAGAAUCUAGAGCUAAAAGAGGGGCUGAAAAGGAUACAUGCGAUGAAUUUAGGAAUCUUUUGCAAAAUGGAAAUCUUUACUGCACACGAGAAAAUGACCCUGUGCGUGGCCCAGAUGGCAAGACCCAUGGCAACAAGUGUGCCAUGUGUAAGACAGUCUUCAAGAAAGAAGAUGAAGAAAGAAAGAGAAAAGAAGAAGAAAAUCAGAGAAAUGCUGCAGGUUUGAAUGGUGGUGGAGGGAAAGCUAAGGACCAAUGUGCUGAAUUUCGGGAACAUAUGAAAAAUGGAAAACUCAGCUGCACUCGGGAGAGUGACCCCGUACGCGGUGCUGAUGGGAAAUCAUACAACAACAAAUGUGCCAUGUGUAAAGAGUUACUGCAAAGAGAAAUAGAGGAAAAAAAUAAGAAUUCAGGCUCAAGAUCAAAUGGAACUGGAUCAGAAAAAGAUGUGUGUGAUCAGUUUAGAAGCCAAAUGAAAAAUGGAAAUCUUCUCUGCACUCGAGAAAGUGACCCUGUCCGAGGACCAGAUGGCAAGACUCAUGUCAAUAAGUGUUCCAUGUGUAAGGAUAAGCUUGAACGAGAAGCAGCUGAGAAGAAAAAGAAAGAGGAUGAAGCCAAGAGGACAACAGGAGAAAGGAGCAAUGACAAGGAGGAUGUGUGCCAUGAAUUCCGGAGCAAGCAGAGAGAUGGAAAGCUGGUCUGCACCCGAGAAAAUGAUCCUGUUCGAGGCCCAUAUGGAAAGAUGCAUGUGAACAAGUGUGCCAUGUGCCAGAGUGUCUUCCAGCGAGAAGCCAAUGAAAGAAAAAAGAAUGAUGAAGAAAAGUCAAGGUCCAAACCUUCAAAUGACGCAAAGGACCAGUGCAGAGAGGUUCCAAGUGAAGCAGAGGAUGCACUUGUUAGACAGUCUGGGAGUUCCUUGGCCUCCGUUGCCGGGAUCAGUGCAGAUGAGUGCCAAGACUUCCGGAAGUAUGUAAAGAACAACCAGCUGGCCUGCACUCGGGAGAUGGACCCCGUGCGUGGUGCAGAUGGAAAGUUCUACAGAAACAAAUGCUACAAGUGCCGAGCUGUCUUUCAGAAAGAAGCAUUGGAAAGAGUUAAACUUAAAGAAAAGCCACGCCACAUUAGAGCUUCUGAAGAAAAAAGCCCAGAUGCCUCUAUUGCUUUUCUGGAUGCUGACAUGUGCAAAGACUACAAAUUACGGCCCAGGAUGGGUUAUGCAUGCCCAAAGAACAUAAAUUAUGUCUGUGGUGAUGAUGGCCAGACCUAUGCCAAUCCCUGCAUGCUUUGUCAUGAAAACCUGAUACGUCAAACUGAUGUUCACAUACGUAGUAGAGGGAAGUGUGAGUGGACAAACAGCCCAGAACCAGCACCUGCCACCACCUCAUCUGUCAAAUGAGAUGCAAGGAUUGGUGAAAAGCCAGGAAGGAAAAAAAUCUAUAUCCCAAUUCUGAACCACCUACCUUUGCCAUCUGUAUAUACAAAGAAUUCUUCAGAACUUAUCUUUUUACUAUAGAAAACAAUGCAGAGCUGUUGGGAUUGGACCUGCUGAUUUUCAGUCUUUUCCAUCUCUUUCCUCCUAGACUUUGGUCUGAGGGUACAGAGUAAUCUCCAGCAUAUCUGUGCUUUGCAGAUCUCCUGGUGACAACGUUGUCUGUCCAACUGCCUGUUUAAUAAAAGUAGAAACUCAGCAGAU